CUGUGGGCUGGUUGAGCCACAGUUGACAGGAGCCAGGUUUGAGGCAGUCUGGCGGGACACAUUGAACCGUCAGCAUGGCGGAUUACGUGUGUGGUGGACGCCUCCUGGCCCUUCUGGGGCUCGUCCUUCUUGUUUUUCCACUGGACGCCAUUAUUACCGAUGAAGUAGAGGGAGAAGAGUUUAUGAAGGAGCUGGACACCAGGUACAGCCAAGAGUGCAACUUGGAGAUGGUCGCUCGGUGGGACUACAUCACGGACGUCACCGAUCCGGACAAGGAGACGGCGGCGAACGCCGCGGCGGUGCGCUACUUGAACUUCAAGGGCGAGGCGGCCGUCAACUGCACGGAGUACGCCUACGAUGGAUUCACCGACGUGGAGUUGUACCGCCGCUUCAGGUUCCUCAGCAAGCAGGGCCCGGGCGCGCUGGACCAGGCGGAGUUGACGGAGUACAAAGACCUUCAGGCGAAAAUGGAGACUAUCUACAGCACCGCCACCGUCUGUGACUUCACCAACCCGAAUAAUUGUGACCUCACCCUGGAGCCCGACAUCGAGGCCAUCAUGGCGUCCUCGCAGAACUGGGACGAGCUGAAGUACUACUGGGAGGAGUGGCGGGAUAACACGGGCAAGCUGAUGCGGGAGGACUACGUGCGCUUUGUUGAACUCUCCAACAAAGCUGCCAAGCUGGACGGGUUUCCGGACACGGGCUACUACUGGCUCAACGGCUACACCGUGGACCAGCGAGAGGCUGAUGCCUACACCGGCGGCCAGACACUUGACCAAGACCAAUUCAAGGAUAUGCUGGACACCGUGUGGGGCCAGGUGUCUGACAGUCUCUAUAAGAAGCUUCACGCCUACGUCAGGAUGCGUCUGCAGGAGGUUUACCCUGGCAAGAUUGAUCCAACGGGACCCAUUCCCUCCCACAUCCUUGGCAACAUGUGGGCGCAGAGCUGGACUAAUAUCGCGAGUUUCGUCAUGCCAUUCCCCGACCUGCCAGACUUUGACGUCACCGACAGCAUGCAGGCGAACGGCUGGGAUAUCAUGAGGAUGUUCGAAGCGGCAGAGGACUUCUUCACGAGCGUCGGGCUGUUCCCCAUGACGCAGGUGUUCUGGGACCGCAGCGUCAUCAACCAGACGGCCUGGGGCAAGACCAUCGUGUGCCACGCCUCCGCCGAGGACUUUUGCCUCGGGCCAGAUGGUGACGACUACAGGAUCAAGAUGUGCACAGAGGUCAACAUGGAUGACCUGGUCACCGUGCACCACGAGAUGGGUCACAUUGAGUACUUCAUGGCCUACAAGAACCUGCCACACGUUUUCAGGGAGUCUGCCAACCCAGGUUUCCACGAGGCCAUUGGGGACUUGAUAGCCCUGUCAGUGUCAACGCCGCAGCACCUCGAGAACAUCCUGGGCCUGACGCCGGGCCGCCACGCCGCCGCCAGGGAUGCCAGGUACACCGAGGAUGAGAUGCGGGACCUCAACUUCCUCAUGAGAAUGGCGCUCGAAAAGAUUGCCUUCCUGCCCUUCGGUUAUCUGAUCGAUGAGUACCGUUGGGGUGUGUUCGAUGGCUCCAUCCCAACCACGGAGCUCAACGCUGGCUGGUGGGACCUUCGCGAGACGCUGCAGGGCGUGUCUCCCCCGGAGGGCACUCGUGGAGAGGAGUUCUUUGACCCCGGCGCCAAGUACCACGUCCCUGCCAACGUGCCGUACAUCAGGUACUUUGUGAGCUUCAUCGUUCAGUUCCAGUUCCAUGCGAGGCUAUGCGAGGCUGCAGGACACACUGGGCCACUCCACAGCUGUGACAUCUACGGCAACCCUGAGGCGGGCGCCAUCCUCCGCACCGCACUAGAGAAAGGCUUCUCCGAGCCAUGGCCGGUCGUGCUGAGGGAGUUGGGAGGGUCUGAGAACAUGGAUCCGCAGCCCAUCAUCGACUACUUCCAGCCCCUGAUUGAGUUCCUGGACCAGGCCCUGCUGGACGCCGGCGAGUGCAUCGGCUGGGGAGAGGACUGUGUGGCGAGCCGUUCUGAGUCAUCCACAGACGGCUUGGAGUCGUCUACUGACGGUGGCCUCAUCACCACGAUAGACCCCCUGGACGAGGAGCAGGCCCUCGAGGACAUGGACCAGAUGGACAGGGAGCUCACUGAGUUGGUCCAGAUCUCCGUCGAGUAUGACUGGGAGUACUACACCCACGUGUCCCAAGAGACUGCCAGUGACUCGAUCGAGGCUUGGAAUAACGUGAGCCACGCCUUCCGAGAAUGGUACAAGAGGACCAUCGCCUUCUAUCAGUACGAAGAAUUUGAAGAUGAAGUCCUCAAACGUCGCUUCAGAUUACAGAAGAACCUUGACACGGCAGCACUUCCAGACGAUGACUUAGAACAGCUCAACACGAUCGUGAACACCAUGACCACCACGUACACCGAGGCGCGGGUGACGGACAUUGACAACGAGACCCUCUCCUACCCCAUCGACGAGCUGGAGAUGAUAAUGGCCCAGCUGGAUGACGCCGAGGAGCUUGAGUACUACUGGACAGAGUGGCGCGAUGUUUCCGGGAAGCUGAUGAAGGAAAACUACACGGAGUAUAUCAGGCUGCUCAACAAGGCUGCCGUCGACCCCUACAAUGGUUUCCCGGACGCUGGGGCCAUGUGGGUUGACGCCUACACGGAGUCUACCCUGAACUACACGGCUCAGGACUUCAAGGAGGAAAUUAAUAGCCUAUGGACACAAAUUGAAGAAUUUUAUAAGGAGCUGCAUGCCUACGUGCGCCACAAGCUGAAAAAAAAAUAUGGCGAUGUUGUUGAUUCCGAAUUUAUUCCAGCCCAUCUUUUAGGAAACAUGUGGGCCCAGAGCUGGGAGAACAUUUACGAGCUGGUGGCCCCAUACCCCGAAGUGGCCAUCCCGGACAUCACUCAGGCCCUGGAGGACAACAUCGAUGAUGUGAGGGAAAUGUUUUUGAUCGCCGAGGAGUUCUUCACGAGCUUGGGAUUGUACAAAAUGACAGACGACUUCAGGACCAACACCGUGUUUGAGCAGAGCGAGGAGCAGUCCGUCAUCUGCCACGCCUCGGCCUGGGACUUCUAUGAUGUGGUCACGGAUCCUAGUGAGGGUCGAUUCAGGAUAAAAAUGUGCACCAACAAGACUCAGGAGGAGUUCAUCGUCAUCCACCAUGAAAUGGGCCACACCGAGUACCAGAUGGCCUACAGCGUGCCCCAGGGCAAGCGUCCGUUGGUGUUCAGGGAUGGUGCUAACCCCGGGUUCCAUGAGGCGAUUGGAGACACAAUUGCCCUCUCAGUGAGCACCCCGAGCCACCUCAGGAUGAUAGAGAACUUCUUGAACAGCUCAGCAGCGGAAGACGACAUACAUGAAGCGACAUAUGAAGAGGAGUCCAAAGAUGAGAUGACCACCGAGCAAAAAGAAAAUAUUAACUUCCUCAUGAAAACUGCGCUCGCUAAGAUUGCAUUCCUGCCAUACUCCUACAUCCUCGACCGGUUGCGGUGGGAUCUCUUCGAACAGAACGGCAACGAUAUGAACUACAACAGACAGUGGUGGAGCUUAAGGUUAGAUGUUCAAGGCAUCGCUCCGCCUGUCCGCCGUUCUCCCGAUGAAGACUUCGAUCCAGGAUGCAAAUAUCACGUCCCUACAAGUGUUCCUUACAUCAGGUACUUCGUGGCUCACAUACUUCAGUUCCAGUUCCACCACCGACUCUGUGCCUUGGCCUACAAAGAACAAUUCGAUGAGAGUCUAGUGUUUAACUGUGACAUCUAUAACAGCACCGACGCAGGAGACGCCUUGUGGACAAUGCUUAACAAGGGAGCCUCGCAGGAAUGGCACACGCAGCUGCAGGAAUUUAUGGGCGACGGUGAGGGUAACAUGAACGCCACGGCCAUUCUUCAUUAUUUCUCUCCCCUGCGUGAGCACUUGCAGGCAUACAUCGCAGAAAACGAUCUCCAGACGGGCUGGCCGCUGGGUAUGGUUGACGAUUACAUGACAGAGGACGAAGACUACAUCCCGGCCACCGUCCCCAUCAUUGUGGGCUGCGUGCUGGCGGCGAUGGUUCUUGUGGUGAUCGUUGCCUACUUUGUGGGUCGCUCCAGGCAGAAGAAGAAGGAAAAGAAAUUGACUAAAAGCAGCCCAGAUGGAGGGGAAAGCAUCGAAAUCGGUAUCCAAAACCCUGCUGCUAAAUCUGGCGAAGCGUCUGACAGCGACUAACGUUAAAGGAAAACAUUAUAGACGUAGGGAAUAUAAUAGGUAUGUGCAAUGAGGGAAGGGGUUCAGGACAUGGGAAAAACUGUUUUAUAAGUUAAUGAUAAGAUCUCUGUGUAUAGUUAUUAAUUAUAAUCAAAGAAAAUUUCCACCUGCUCUUCUCGUCAUAGCAGUUCAUGUAAUAAAAAGGAGACGCGGAAGAUGGCAUAAACCUGUCCAGUAGUAUCUAGAAGCUGUGUUUUGUAGUCUGGUCUUCCGGCAUGGCGUACUUAUGUUCAUAAAAAGAAAACAUCAUUGUAAACCGACGGAAACGAUUUUUGUUGCUCAUUUUGAAUAUCAUAUGGAAAGAGGGGCCAAGGUUAAGGUUAAGAUUUCGAAUGCAGACAUGCCCAGGCUUCUAGAUCCUCAAGUGUAAUCUUUGUUGAUUCUCAGACAAGGAAAAUAAGUAUCCGACGCAGCUUUUGCUAAUGAAGUUAAUCAGAUAUUUUCUAGUCAAAGUACUUGUGUGGAAACUCUUAGGUGAAUAAAGAAUACCGAGA